CUCUGUGGCUGCUCUCUUCUUUCAUUUUGUAAGAUUCACAUUUUUGAUCCAUGACACAACUUCUACUCAAGGAAUCACCUUUCUUUGUCAAGCUUCUCCCUCAAGAACUCUCCUUUCUCUCCCUUUGAUUUGACUAAAAAAAAAAGAGAGAAAAAUUUAAACUUUUGGUUUCUUGAGAAGUUGUUGGAUGGGUGCCCCAAAGCAGAAGUGGACACCAGAAGAAGAAGCAGCCCUAAAAGCUGGAGUGCUUAAACAUGGCACUGGCAAGUGGCGUACUAUUCUCUCCGAUCCUCAGUUUAGUUCUCUUCUCAAGUCCCGCUCUAAUGUCGAUCUCAAGGACAAGUGGAGAAACAUAAGUGUGACUGCCUUAUGGGGUUCAAGGAAGAAAGCUAAACUUGCACUUAAAAGGGCUCCUAAACAGGAUGAUAACAACACUAGAGCUCUUACCAUUGUUCGUUUAGCUAAUGACCAAGAACAACGGACUAAUCCAACUCAUCCUUCAAAGAAAUCAAUUACAAGUUUGGACAAGAUCAUCUUGGAGGCAAUUACUAACUUGAAGGAACCACGUGGUUCUGACAGAACAUCCAUCUUUAUGUAUAUAGAGGAGAAUUUCAAGACUCCGGGGAAUAUGAAAAGACAUGUGGCUGUAAGAUUGAAGCAUUUAUCAUCAAAUGGACCAUUAGUCAAGAUAAAGCACAAGUACAGAUUUUCUACUAAUUAUACUAGCGCAGGAGCAAGACACAAGUCUCCUCAACUCUGUGUAGAAGGAAACGACAAAAACGACUCACCAAAACCCAACGGGAACGGCGCCAACAUUCUCACACAGUCAAGAUCAGAGGGAGAGUUAUUUAUGAUAAAAGGCAUGACAGCACAAGAAGCUGCAGAAACUGCUGCAAGAGCAGUUGCAGAGGCAGAGUUUGCAAUCACAGAGGCUGAAGAAGCAGCAAAAGAGGCGGAUAGAGCAGAAGCCGAAGCUGAAGCUGCUCAAAUAUAUGCUAAAGCAGCCGUGAAAGCUUUGAAGUUCAGGAUCAGUAAUCAUACUUGGUAAAAACACAAAAGAGAAGAAAGAAGCCACUAUGGGUAAGUUCUAUAACAGAGCUAUCCCUUUAUAUAUACAUUCAAACCAUUACCGGUUUCUUAUAGUCUUGAAUCAUGUGAUAUCUCAUCACCUGCAGAACUCAAUAGCUUUCAUUACCUAUGUGUACUCUCUUUUUGGGCAGUAGUAAAUCCGCUUAUGUAUGUUAAUAACUCUGAGAUUCUGUAAAACCUGAGUCUGCUUAUUUUCUGUAUGUAGAUGAUCUGCUUAUUUUUUUUUUUAAUUCUUU